UUGUACCUUUGAUGUUUCAUGCUUUUCGUAAUUGUAGUAAUAAUAAUGGUUUCAAAGCUGUUGUAUAAAUUCAUCUGUUUUUUUUUCUUUAAUAAUUAUCUUUUUUAUUUUCUAUUUACAAGUUUUGUAUUUUAUAAUUUCCAACAUUGCGAAUGUCUAAUGAGUUUCUAACAAGAAACAGUCUGUCUUCACAUAAUAGUAGUACUAGUAAUAGUAGUAGUAAUAGUAGUAGUAGUAGUAGUAGUAGUAGUAGUAAUAGCGCUUAUAGUAACAGUAAGCAUAGUAGUUAUGGACAACCUAUCAUAGGACAAGGGUUUAUAUCUAGCAUACAUAUUACUGACCUCGCUAUUCAAUCUAAUACUUACGAAAAACCAACUACAAGUGAACCAGAUAUUCAGAAAGUUAAUGAAAAGAAAAUAAAACGUCAUGUCACUUUUAACCUGGAUGAUAUUCAAGUACGAACUAUACCUGUUUAUUCUUCUUCUUCUUCAUUAUCAUCAUCAUCAUCAUCUCUCUCUUUUUUAUCCGAUUUAUUAUUAGAAAGUUCUGAGGAAGAAGAAGGAAUAUCAUCAUCAUGUUCAUUCCAUGUGCCACCCAUAUCAGAAAAGAUAUCAAAGAAUACAAGUCAUGAUUCACUUCAGCAAAGGAGGCAUGAUCAUCAUCAUGUAUCAACCAUAAAACCAGCUUAUUGGUACUCUUUAAAUCCAUCUUCUCGAGAAGAAGUAUCUUCGAAUGAUAUGCUUCAACAUACCGAAAACUCUCCCUCGUUAGAAUUAGCUGAGCAUUUGAUUCAUGAAACAAUACAAAGGGAGAUGGCUUUAAACCCUCACUUAUCAAACUACACUCCCUCUUUCCCUCAUACUAUGAAAACAGAGUCUUCCAUGAUGUCGACGCCCUUUAACCCCUCUACAGAAACAAAUCCACAUAAAGUCAUCAGUGAUUCAGAAGAUGAAGAGAUAUUUAGUGUUGUUGCUCCUGAAUUAAAUGAUAUGAAAGAAAGACAAGAAAGUAUUCCUGAAAAUCAGAGCAACGAGCAUGGGCCUGAAUCUACUGACCCUUCCUUUUCAUCCAUUUAUAUAAUUGAUAAUCCAAGUGAAGAUAGUGAUACCUCUUUUACAACUACUACUUCACCAGAGCCUUCUUUAGACGCCAUCUUUAAACAGAAUAUGGUAGAGCUUGAAACUGAUUUUGAAAAAUCAGUUUAUAGUGAACUUGCAAGACGUUAUAACCAAGAGAUUAUACCCUAUACCGAAUACCAACCACCUCAAUUAACCUUUCCCUUUGAACAAAAAUACCUUUCUAUCUCUAAUAAGGAUGAACAUGUCAUUACAACUCUAAAAGAACAGCAGACCAUCGUACCCCUCUCUUUUUCUAAUUCAUCAUUACAUCUUCACAAUCGUCAAAAAAGGCAAUUCUUUUUUGUUAAAGUCUUGAAAGCUGAGAAUUUAGAUUUUCCAAUUGAUAAUGAUUAUACCAAUGUUUAUUGUAGCAUUCGAUAUAAAAAUAUAGAAAGUAAAUCGCUUGACAAAAAAAUGGCACAUACAAUCAAUAUGAAUCAUGAAAUGAAAAUUGAAAAUAUAGAUCCUGAUGAACAAAUAGUAAUUACAAUUCAUGUCGCUACAAAUUACAAAAAGACAAAUCAAGCACAUGGUCAGAGUAGUUGGUAUCACAAGUCAAAAUCAAUAUCCGAUUUGGAUCGUUAUGUGCAUGAAAAAGAGGGUUCCAUUUGUCAAACUGUGUUUUCAGCUAGUCGAUUUAUGACUCAUGAAGGGAUAGAUCAGACUGCAGCGUUGAUGCUUAUUAAUAAUUGGUAUAAGCCUUAUUCAAUAUCAACCACUUCAUCAUCGUCCUCUUCACUCUUGGGACGUACAUCUUCAAUUACACGAAAGAAGUCAACUAAAUCAGUUCAUUCGACCCUAGUCAGAGAGAAGGCUGUAGGAAAAUUAUAUAUCGAAUGCCUUUAUAUUACAACCCAUGGUGAUUAUAUUCCUCGAGAUAUAGAAGAAGUCAUAGAUGCUUUGAAUGCAAAACGUUUUUAUCAAACAGAUUGGCAAACAGGCUAUUUAUUCCAAUUAAAUGAAGAUACAAAGACAAAAAAAAAUUGGUUAGAUAUUUAAGAGACGAUAUUUUAAAUUGACAGGAGGAUAUUUAUUUGCUUAUCCAAAUAAUAAUACAUCUGAGCAUCAACAAGCACUUUAUAAAAUACCUAUUUCGCAG